GAGAGAGAGAGAGAGAGAGAGAGAGAGAGAGAGAGAGAGAGAGAGAGCCAUGGAUUACACUCCUUAUCAAAUCAUUAUGGCUUUUGUUAUUGCUUUUCUCGCCUUCUGGUUUUAUAUCAUUCAUGCCGAGUGAAGAGAGACAGGUAACGACAGAGAGAGAAAAAUCAACUGAGAAGAGAAGGAUCUGAACCUACAAGAGGAAAAUAAAGGAGGAUCAGGAACCACAAGAGGGAAAUAAAGAGGCAAAGAGGAUUAGAACUUGCAAAGAGAAGAGAAAGAGGACUAGAAACCAUAAGAGAGAGACAAUAGAGGACCUGAAUCUACAAGAGGAUAUAAAGAGGAUCCAAACUUACAAAGGGGGAAAUAAAGAGGAUCGGAAGCCAAGAUGUCAGUGCCAGAUAGCUCAGUUGUGACGGCCAAGGAGACAUUUCAGAUCUUGAUGGAGAUGUCGAAACUUCUUAACACAAGACUGGAUGAGACAACUCUGGCUCUAUGUGUGCGUCUGUGUGACAACGGCGCCAACCCUGAGUCACUUGCCAAGGUGGUCAACGAGCUCAUGAGGGUCAAGAACGAGAUGAACACCAAUACAGCGCAGGGUAGAGGCAGCGCUGGGACCUAAAAAUGACCUCGGAAAAUGUCCCUAAAAUAUGUUCCCUAGAUUUAGAAAUAUCUCUGAAAAAUGUCUAUAAAUAUGCUUAGUCUUAAAUAUCCCUGGAAAAUGUUGCUAAAAAUGUUCUAUCUUAGAAGUAUCCCUGGAAAAUGUCCAUAUCAAUGUUCCCUAGGCUUUGAAAAAUGUCCUUAGAAAUAUUCCUUUAAAAAAAUGUCCUUAUGAAUGUUCACUAGUCUUUAAAACAUGUCUCAAAAAAUGUAUUCUCGUCUUUGAAAAAAUGUCUAGAAAUGUUCCAUAGACUUUAAAAAUGCUCUUAGAAAUAUCCUUAAAAAAAUGUCCUUAAAAAUGCCCCAUAGACCUUGAAAAAAAUGUCAUUAUAAAAUCAUCUUUUUCUC